AUGCCGCCGGUUGGUCGCGGAAGCUUCCGCAGAUGCCAGGAGAAGGAGCGUGGAGGGAAGCGGAGAGAGGGAGAGCCGCGGGGAGCCCUCGGGACGCUGGGGACGCGGGGAACCAGUGACACGGCCAAGCUCUACCAGCCUACCUGGGAGCGCGACUGCGCCUGCAGGCUGGCGGAGGCGUGUCCCGAACUCCUGAGCCUGCGCACCCGUGCUUCCCUGCCUUUAAACGCGCGCGAGUUGAAAGGCUGA